AUGGGUGAGGCUCAUAGGAACCUUACUAGUGUUGAAACUUCUUCCGAUGGAAAAGAAUCAAUGAUUUGCAUCAAGCCUGAAUAUAAACAAGUGGACGAUCCUGCACAAUAUUAUGCUACGAGAGGAGAGGAACAUCCACUUCAACUCAUGGAAUCAAUAAGAAAACAAGCUGAUUUGGCCUUUCUGUUAUUGUUCCUUCCCGAUACUAGAUGUAAAUCUUUAAAAUUGGUGGACGGAAAAUUGGAGAGUAAUUUGGAGGAGAUGAAACAACUUGGAUUGGUCAAUGAAGAUGGCACCAAACUCACUAGAUAUGCAUACCUUCAUGAAAAGUUGAAUAUUUCCUUCUCGUAUCUUUACUAUGCAUUGAUUUAUCAUUUGCAUAAAGAUAACACUCAAUAUUUAAAUGAUAAAUUGGACAAGAUGACAAGAGAAUUGAAUUAUAAGAGUGUUACACAACCUUUUAAUUUGUUGAAUUUUGGAAAAGUCUAUUUUGGAAAUGCAGAUUUUGUUGUAAAGACAGUAGAAACUAAGGAGGAAAUGGCAAAGAUAAUUGACUGUGUCCAAGAUGGAUUUGCAUCAAUGAGUGCUGGACCAAUGAGUUCAGAAAUUGUCAUGAGUGGUCAAUAUCCACUUCAUGAUGCCAAUUAUGAUUGGGUAUUUGUAAUGGAAUCGGAUGGAAGCAUUGUGUCAACAGGUCAAGUUUUCUAUGGAGAGAAAACGCACUAUGUUAAUAAUGUUUGUACUCGGCCAAGAAGUAGAGGAAAGGGAUAUGCCUCUUUCGUCAUGACAGCAAUUAUUGAGCUGUGUAAGGAAAAAUCAAAGGAUAAACCACUCAUUCUCCAAGCCUCUCCAAAAGGAUUGAAAAUGUAUCAUCAACUAGGUUUUGAUUAUCGUUUUGAUUAUGAAAUUGGAUUAUUCAUUCCAUAUCAAUAA